ACGCGUGGCGUUGCGCCUCCCCGCGCGGCGCCCGUCCGGUCUCCUCUCCUCCACCCUCCAGCGGCCCAGCCGUCGCCGCGGGCAAGCCUCCCAGGGCUCAGGCCACCACGCACGGACGCCGCGGCCCCCGCCCACUCCUUGAGCUGCCGCCUGGUGGCUCUCGAGUUGCGACAAACCGAUGAUGCCGCCCACUGGAGAAGCUCCUGCUGGAUCCAUGCCCUUGCGGCAAGGCCACUUCGUCGUGGAGCCGCCGCCGGGACCUGCUGUCAACGCCAACACCUCCAGUACAGAUGACACAAGAUUUGAUGCAUCACAGUAUGCUUUUUUUGGCUAUAAUGUGCUGGAGGAGGUGGAACUAGGUGGACUGGAAGAUGAUAAUGACAGUGAUGCUGCUUUCACUGGACUCAAUGAUGUAGAGCGCCCACUUUCUUCUCAAGGAAAUGUACUAGAGCCUGAAGAUAGUUCAUUCUCAGAUGUUGAUGAUCUUGCAAAUACAUUCUCAAAGAUCACACUGGUAGGUUCUGCUGCUGCUGACUGGACUCCGGAAUUUGAAUCCCCACUCUGGCCCAAUCAGUAUGUGCUAGAUGCGAGGCAAGGGCAGGAUAACAGUGGCUGGUGGCCUCCACAACAUCAUUCUUCUCGCUUUGCUGAUUCCAGAUUACACAGAACAUCCUCAUCCCCUCAGGAACAGGAACAACACAAUGAACCUCUUCUUGGACCAAGGCCAUCUCCUUUACACCGGACAUCCUCAUACCCACACAAUGAACCUCAAUACAAUCCUUCUGAAGCCAUUCCCGCUCCAAGUCCACCAUACAAUAAUUCACACCAUCCGCCUGGUGGACCACCCAAUUCAUUUCCUGGACAACCGCAUCAGGUGAACAUGUCAUCUUUCAAUGAAUUUCAGAUGCAUAUGUCUGCACAAAGUGAUGCCCCAUUCUCCCAGUUUCCUCGUGGAGGGCCACCUCCAGAGCCAUUUGGUGGAAACCUGGGUCAUAUGGUUUCAACAGGUUUCUCAACUAACAGCAGUGGACCAAAAAAUCAUAUGCUUAAUCAUGGACAGGUUCAUGAAGAAAUUGCCACUAUCAUGCCAAAUUCGGUGUCAAACCAUCUACAACGUCCUAAUUCAUUCAUGCCCCCUCGAAUGCUACCGAUGCGCAAACAGCAUGGCAUGCUCCCAGUUCAGCAAUCUCUGCAACACUUAUCAAGAACUCAGGUACAUAUGUUUGGCCCCCAGCAUCCACCACAAAUGAUGAAUAGGUUUGAUAAUUUUGGGGUUCCUGAGUUCAGCGAUCCAAGAGCAAGAUCAUCAAUGCACCAUGGAAGGCAAGGUCACCAUUUUCCUCUCCAAGGCUCUGAAUUUGGUAUUAUGAGGAUGGGUAAUGGGAGGCCACGGUUUAGAUCCAAGUAUAUGUCCACAGAAGAACUUGAAAACAUUUCAAGAAUACAGCAUGCUGCCACUCACAUAAAUGAUCCAUACAUUGAUGAUUAUUACCAUCAAGCUUGUCUGGCCAGAAGAUCUGUGGAUGCAAGGUUGAAGCACCACUUCUUUCCAACCUUGAUAUUGGAUCCAUCUUCUCGUUCACGCAGUAAGGAUGAGCCGCAUGCAUACCUUAAGGUCGAUGCCCUUGGGAGGCUGCCAUUUUCUUCCAUCCGGAGGCCACGUCCACUUCUUGAUGUUGAAUCAGCUUCUACAACUGAGGAUAACACUCUUGUUUCAAAAUCUCUUGAUCAGGAACCUAUGCUAGCUGCUAGGAUCACAAUUGAGGAUGGCCUCUCCUUACUACUUGAUAUAGAUGAUAUUGAUCGCUUGCUUCAAUUUAGCCAGCAGCAAGAUGGUGGUUUACAACUUAGAAACAGAAGGCAGUCUCUGCUUGGUCAGCUGGCAGAAUCGCUGCAGUUGGUUGAUCCACUAGGUGCAAAUAAUAAUAGACAUUUGUCAGCAAAUGAUGAUUUGGUAUUUCUUCGCAUUGUUUCUCUACCCAAGGGUCGGAAACUGCUUUCACGCUAUAUUAACCUCAUGGUUUCCGGUAGCGAUCUUGCACGGAUAGCUUGCAUGGCAGUGUUCCGGCAUCUGAGGUUUGUGUUUGGCAAUUUGCCCUCUGAUGAUGGCUCAGCUGAGACAGUAACUAAACUAGCGAAUGCUGUAGCUGCAUGCAUUCGUGGGAUGGACUUAAGUGGCCUCAGUGCUUGUCUUGCAGCAAUUGUAUGCUCGUCAGAGAAUCCACCUCUUCGACCCCUUGGAUACGCUGCUGGCGAUGGUGCCACUGUCAUCAUAAAGUCUGUCCUGGAUAGGGCUACAGAGCUUCUCACCGAGCAGCUUGCUGGAUCAAAUUACAGCGUUCCAAACCGAGCCCUGUGGCAAGCAUCGUUUAAUGCUUUCUUUGGGCUGCUUACAAAGUACUGCAUAGGUAAAUUUGACAGCCUCGUUCAUACAAUGCACACUGCAACAGCGAUAAGAAGGGAGCUGCCAAUUGAGCUUCUGCGUGCCAGUCUAACUCAUACCGAUGAGCAACAGCGAGCACUAUUACUUGAGUUUGCCCAACGGGCCGUGCCGGUCACUGGCCAUAGUUCUCAAAGGGCUCCUGGUGGAACCAUGGCAUCUGAAACAGUCCCAAGUUAAGGUGGUCAGCAGAUACAAGUUGAAGCAUUAGAUAUGGUUUUCUUCUAUGGUAUAAACCUGCCCAGUGAAUUGAACAUUCCUUUCGCCUGCCCCACCAGAAGACAGACUAGAGAUAUAACCCGUACAACUGAGCUGGGUGGAGUAUGGGGCAUCCUGGUGGUAAUAUGGAUGUAUGUCCAAGGUUUGAAUUGAUUACUCUCUUAAGCUGCAGUAUUUUCUCUGCAUUGUUGUAUCACACCGCAGUUGAAUUAGCAGGAUACUUUCCUUCUGGAGGGCUGUGUUUUGUUGCCCAUGGGAGAGAACUGAACUCCUGCUAUUUCUAGGUUAGCAGCUGUACAGGUCGUUCCUUGAAGGCAAUGUCCAUCACAAGCAAGUGUUUCAAGGUGUAGUUGUUUUCGUUUGCAAUAGUUGUUAGGCAUGCACAUGAGCUUGUGAAGCUGUCGAGUUUGUAAUGAGCUUUUUGAAUGUUACCACUAUAAAUCCUUGUUAUUGAUGAUUUAUGUUCGGGUGCUAACACAUCAAAAGCUCUGUAUGACA